CCAGCAUUUGUCCUGAGCGACAAGUCAUCAGAAGACGUUGGCAGGGCAAUGAUCGAGGGUGGUUUGCAGAAGCAACCUUUUUUCAUUUUCAACAUGGACGAGGCCUUCCGACGAAUCCAACAUUUCAAGGAUAUGAUGCCUCGUGUUAAAAUAUUUUACGCAAUGAAAUGUAACGACACAGAAAUGAUGUUGAAAUUGGCGAUAUCACAAGGAAUCGGCUUUGAUUGUGCAUCGCCUGGAGAAAUUUAUAAGUUGAGGAAACUGAACGUCUGUCCUACGAGAAUUAUCUACGCGAUGAUCAAAACUCCAGAACAGAUGGCGUACGCUCGAAAGUCCGGAGUGCGGCAUACGACGUUCGACACCUCGUACGAACUUAAGAAACUCGUUGAACACUGGCCGAUGCACGUACUUCUUAUCCGCAUCCGAGUGGACAGCGUUUGCAAAGUUGCUUUAGGAGACAAGUUCGGAUGUGAUUUUGAUAAAGAAGCUAUUGAUCUGUUGGAAGAAGCAGCUAGCCUUGGUUUAAAAGUGGUAGGAGUAGCAUUCCACGUCGGUUCCAUUUGUUCGUCUCCUGAAAGCUAUGUGACAGGGCUGCAACACGCUCGAGCUCUAUUCGACCACGAGGCAACAGCGGGGCGAGAAAUGAAAAUCGUGGACAUCGGCGGUGGAUUUCUUAGUGAGAGAACGGAUUGUAUUGACCAGGUCUCGAAACUAAUCACAGCUGCUGUAGCCGAAUUGUUCCCAGAUCCAAGUAUUCAAAUCAUCUCCGAGCCUGGGAGAUACAUUAGUGAUUCUUCUUUCACAAUGUACUGCAGCAUCAAUAAUGUUCGAAGGUCGAUAAAAGACGGAAAACAAAUGAACAUGAUAUAUAUAGACGAUGGUGUGUACGGAUGCCUGCGAGAUGUUGAGAAAUGGCAUUAUCCCAAAAAUUUAAACGAUCAACGGAAAAUGACAUGGGGCCUCUCGAGGAAGCCACGUUAUGGGGUCCCAGCUGCGACUCCGAGGAUCGUAUAAUGCAAGACUACACGAUCCUCCUACCACGGUGCGUGGCUCUGGACUGGCUCAUCUUCCCAGGAUCGGGGGCUUACACCAUCACAGUUUCCACCAGAUUUUCCUGUCUAGAAAUUCCUUUGAU